UUUUUUUCUAGUCAAAAAGAAAAAGAAUUGUGUAACGAAAAUGGAGAAGUUCUAAUUAUAUUCCGGGAGUCGACAAAGAAAUAGCAAACACGAAAGCAAAUCUGUUUUUAAAUAUGCAAGGGAUCGCGUUAAUUAAAAUGUUUGUCAUCUAAAGAGAAAGAUGGAAAGGACUUCAAACCUAUUAAAACUAUUCAGAUGCGCAACUUGUGAAAAACCUUUUCGAAAGGUCGAAACACUGCAUUGCUUGCAUUCUUUAUGCAAAAAGUGUUUAAAAGAAAAGAUCAAGGAAAAAGAAAACUGCAAAAGUAAUAGCGAGAUAAUAGUAAGAUGUCCGUUGUGUUCAUACACUACUACUUUUGACAAUUUGGAUGGCACCAAAAAUGACUGGGAAAAGUCUGCACCUGUUCAACAAGUAAUCAAAGCUCUGUAUGAUAUCGAGUAUUGGUUGGACUCUCCAGUCUGUAUGUCUUGUAGCAAUAGAGGGCAAAUUACACUGUCGAUGUUCUGGUGUUUUGAUUGUGUCGACCAUUUCUGUACCAGUUGUCAAAACAUUCAUUCUUCUUUUCCUGUGUUAAACAAACACAAAAUCUACAGUCUUGAUGACUUAAAAAAGGACCCAAGUCUUGUUACGAAAGCAACAGAACUCUGUUUUAAGCACAAUCUACGUUAUACUAAAUUGUGCAGCGAGAGGGAAAGUGUUUGUUGCGACUUUUGUUUGUCUCUUGAUCAUAUUGACGUUUGUAAAGGUGAACAUGGAAACAUACAAAAUGAAAUAGUCUCCACGCUUGUGAAACCUAAAGUAACCAAAUUAUAUGAAUCGUUCAAGAAAAUGCUUGAGACUCUACACAGCCAAAAAAAGCAAACAUCUGACGUCGAAAGUGAAAUUGAAAAAUUCUUUAAAGAGGAGCAAAUCAAAGCUGAUGAGAAAAGUCAAAAUCUUAAAAAAAGGGUAUUUGAGUCUACCGAUGUAUUAAUGGCGAACUCUUAUAAGAUAACUUUUUAUAAAUUACAGGAAAUGGAAAAAAGGAUUAUGGCGCUAAAGCGAAUGAAAUCAAUUCUAAAAAACGCUGUUGAUAUUGUGUCUGCACUUCGAGGCGGUUCAGAUACAAGAUAUUUCCUUGAAGUAAAGAAAGUUAAGCAAGUUUUAAGCAAUGCAGUUAUUACUUUGAGUGAGGGAGAAGAGGGUUUUAGAAAUACAUUUUCUAUUACCUUUGUAAAUUCUCUUGAAACGUUUUGCAAGUUGAACCAUUUUGGAAACAUAACGGAGGCUUGUUCUUUGCAAAAGCACGAAAAUCCAUUGUGUGGCACCCGAAUCAAAUGUGGUAGUGACGAUAAUAUAUCAGGAGAUCGAGAGUUUGCUUUAAGCAACCGCUGGGUCAGUGAGCUGAAUCUAUGUUCUGCACAGACAAGAGAUGCUUCUUUAACAUCAAAAACGUUCCAGUUUGAUGGAAAACUCUUUACACUCUCAAAUUCAAUAAAAUUAGAAACUGGAUAUUCACAUGUGACUGGUUGUGACUGGAAGUCCGAAAAUGAGAUAAUUUUCCUGGAUCAGAAAGUACAAGGGACGGCAGAAAUUUGCGUGUACGACGCGCUUGAUGGGAAUUUGAAGAAAAAAAUUUCGCUUGAUCAGAAACCGUACGAUAUUUCUGUUAUUCCAAAUAACAAAUGCGUGAUUACAUUUCCUAAAGAAAUGGAAUUUCGUGUCUACAGUUUAACUGAUUAUUCCUUACACAAGAAAGUCAGUGUUGGAUUAAAAUGUCACGGUGUGUGCCACUGCAUGACGGGGCUGAUAACGGUGGUUGCUGGGGAAGACAAACUCGUAUUGUUUGAUAAAAAUUUUGAGAUGGUGAGAAAAUUAACUGUCAAAGGGGUAGACAUACGAUACGUUUCUGCAUAUAACAACAACCUUAUUUUUUACAGUGAUUUGCAAAAUAACAGAGUAUGUAGUGUCAUGGGAAAUGGUGAUGCUCGGUUUGACUAUAAAAAUGACGACAAACUGAAAGGGGCUGCUGGGCUUAUUUUGGAUGAAUCAAAAAAUGUAUAUGUUUGUGAAAAGGGAGCAAACUUUAUCCAUGUUUUGAGCAAGUCUGGAAUUUUAAUCAGAAAAAUUGAAGUGUGUAAUCAUCCUACAUCACUAUCUGUCAGUAAAAACAAAAAGAAACUGUGUAUCGUAGGCGGUGGGCGACACGUUACUAAUAUGGCAGACAUUUAUAUUUCCUUGUGAUUUAUGUACUUGUGAAAGCAGCUGUGAUUUCAAGACAGUCAUAUGUGUUCAUAUUUGUUCUUUGAUUUGAUUGUCUUUAUUUUAAUUUUAUUUAAUGGAGGACCAUCAGAUGAGCGUACGUAGAAGAAAAAUGAACUGCAGUAUCAUUUUGAGUUUUGAAAUUGGCAAUAUAUGUAAUUACUAUACGAAGCGUUUUAAGAUUUUGUUUCCAUUAUGUGUUAGAAAUUAUUAAACUAAUUCUUUGAUUGAA